AUGGAUAAAGAAGCAGUACACGAGUUUUGUAAUUUAUUGAGCUACAGCGAUAGAUGUGAGGUAUUGUCUCUUCUUCUGCAGUACUCCAACAGCAUUGACAAGCUUGCCUUCUUGUUCAACAGGGCGGAAGAGUACAAGCUGGUGCUGAGUUUGUCGCAGAAGAAGUCGAGCGAGUACCUUAGAGCACUCCAAAACAAGCUGUUAUAUUCGGUUGCUGUGGGGGCUGUCCUAGGCAUGUCGUCUGCGAUUCUUAUUGGUUGUCUUUGA